ACAGUGUAAGGUAUUGUUUUACAUUUGCUUUCCCUUUCCUGUGUUUUUGAUUUGUUAUUGAAAGUGGAGGGGGGGUGGUGCCGAAUGUUCCCUCUUUCCCGCAUUUUAAAUCUGACACUCAUUCACUUCGAAGAGACAAAUUCGUCCUCGCUUCCACGUAGAGGAGAAAUUUCCUCAUUACCUGAGAUGCCUGCAUCAUUAAACACAAACCACAUGCUGGCCACGGUCUGAAGAAAGCUGAAUAAGAAAGGCUCGCGAUGUCGGCUUCCUUCACGAUUCUGCCUCUUUUUUCAGCUGUGUGGAUUUCAAGCUUUGGAACCUCGGGUACGGUUGGACUUCGCUUCGAUUUGGGUUACAGAACGUGACGGAGCAGACCAGCGACGACCUGAAAGUUUUAUAGAUGGCUUGGGUUUUGUACUCUGACUUGGCUGAAAAGCGUUGACCAGGCUGAGAGCUGCUAUAAGAUUCUGAGAAGAGGCCCACACUCUUGGUCCUGUCAAGACAGACCUGAGGCUGGAUUCCAUUCGAGGGCUGAUCUCUUCUGAGAGUCCCCUCCUGAGCGACCGGGCCGGAGACGCAGCAUGCCCGGCAGUGCAGGAGAUAAGACCCCCACUAUGGAGCCCUCUGCAUCCACACCUUUUCGGGUCACGGGGUUCCUGAGCCGUCGACUGAAAGGUUCCAUCAAACGCACCAAGAGUCAACCCAAGCUUGACCGCAACAGCAGCUUCCGACAUAUCCUUCCCGGCUUCAGGAGCGUGGACAAUGACGGGUCCCAUCUGAUGCCGAGGCUGAAGGAAUCGCGGUCCCACGAGUCGUUGCUCAGCCCCAGCAGUGCGGUGGAAGCCCUGGAUCUCAGCAUGGAGGAGGAGGUGGUGAUCAAGCCAGUGCACAGCAGCAUCUUGGGUCAGGACUACUGCUUCGAGGUGACCACCUCAACAGGGAGCAAAUGUUUUUCCUGUCGAUCUUCAGCUGAAAGAGACAAGUGGAUGGAGAAUCUGCGGAGAGCUGUGCACCCCAACAAAGACAACAGUCGGCGUGUGGAGAACAUGCUGAAGUUGUGGAUCAUUGAGGCCAAAGACCUCCCAACCAAAAAGAAGUACUUCUGUGAGCUGUGUCUGGAUGACACUCUGUACGCACGGACUACCUGCAAGCUCAAAACAGACAAUGUCUUCUGGGGCGAGCACUUUGAGUUCAACAAUCUGCCGGCCAUCAGGAGUGUCACGGUGCACCUGUAUAAGGAGACGGAUAAGAAGAAGAAGAAAGACAAGAACAACUACGUGGGCUUGGUCAACAUCCCCAUCGGGGCAGUGACAGGACGGCAAUUUGUGGAGAAGUGGUACCCGGUCAGCACACCCAACCCUAGCAAGGGCAAGGCUCCCGGACCCAUGAUCCGACUCAAGUCCCGGUACCAGAGCAUGAGCAUCCUGCCAAUGGAGCUGUACAAGGAGUUUGCCGAGUACACCACCAACAACUACAUGCUGCUUUGUUCUGUGCUGGAGCCAGCGCUCAGUGUCAAGAGCAAAGAGGAGAUGGCCUCUGCCCUGGUACACAUCCUACAGAGCACGGGAAAGGCCAAGGACUUCCUGACUGACCUGAUGAUGUCUGAAGUGGACCGCUGUGGCGAGAACGAGCACCUAAUUUUCCGGGAGAACACACUAGCUACCAAAGCCAUUGAAGAGUACCUCAAACUGGUGGGGCAGAAGUACCUGCAGGAUGCACUUGGCGAGUUCAUCAAGGCGCUGUACGAGUCAGAUGAGAACUGCGAGGUAGACCCUUCCAAGUGUUCUUCAAGUGACCUGCCUGAACACCAGGGCAACCUGAAGAUGUGCUGCGAGCUGGCCUUCUGCAAGAUCAUCAACUCCUACUGUGUGUUCCCUCGGGAGCUUAAAGAGGUGUUCGCAUCAUGGAGACAGGAGUGCGGUAACCGGGGGCGACCCGACAUCAGCGAGCGGCUCAUCAGCGCCUCCCUGUUCCUGCGCUUCUUGUGUCCGGCCAUCAUGUCCCCGUCGCUCUUCAGCCUGAUGCAGGAGUACCCUGACGACCGCACAGCUCGCACGCUCACCCUCAUUGCCAAGGUCACGCAGAACCUGGCCAAUUUCACCAAGUUCGGCAGCAAAGAGGAGUACAUGUCCUUCAUGAACCAGUUCCUGGAGCACGAGUGGACCAACAUGCAGCGCUUCCUGCUGGAGAUCUCCAACCCAGAGACCAUCUCCAACACGGCGGGUUUCGAGGGCUACAUCGAUUUGGGCCGCGAGCUGUCCACCCUGCACUCCCUGCUGUCGGAGGCGGUCUCCCAGCUGGAGCAGAGCACGGCCUCCAAGCUGGGCCCACUUCCUCGGAUCCUACGGGACGUCAACGCGGCUCUGACGAACCCCAGCAGCGUGCAGAUGUCCGUUCCCUCGGGGCACGUGGCUUCACCGUCCGGAGCCAGUUGCAGCAUCUCCAGCGGCCUUCAGAAGAUGGUCAUCGACAAUGAAUUGUCCGGUUUGGUGGACUUCACUCGAUUGCCUUCGCCGACUCCGGAAAACAAAGACCUGUUUUUUGUGACGCGGACCUCGGGGGUGCAGCCGUCGCCUGCCCGCAGCUCCAGCUACUCGGAGGCCAAUGAGGUUGACGUGCAGAUCCCCAAUGGCAGCAAGAGCCUAUCCAUGGUGGACCUGCAGGACAGCCGCAGCCUGGAGAGCGGCCCCAGCGCUUCCCCGGAUGCCCUCAACGACAGCCAGUCACCCCUGGGCCAGGCCGGUGUCGGGGCGUGGAGCGCCCGCACGCCCCAGGGUAGCGUGGCCGGUGGGCCCACCAUGAGAAGGCAGGGCCAGACCCCCACGACGCCAAGCUCGGAGAGCGCAUCCGGCCGGACGCAGCUCCUAGCGCCGUUGUCCUUCCAGAACCCUGUGUAUCAGAUGGCGGCGGGUCUGCCCGUGUCACCGCGGGGGGUGGGAGACUCGGGUUCUGAGUGCCACAGCUCCGUCAGCUCGCACAGCAACAAUGAGGAGAUGCCAGGGGGCAAGCAUGGCUUCGUAAACCACGGUGGGGGCGGAGGAGGAGCAAGCAGCGGUGAGGACUACGCCCGGCGCUCUGGCGAGUUCUCCCGCCGACAGCUGUCCCUCACAGAGUCCCAGCACCAGCCCGCGGUUCCACGGCAAAACAGUGCCGGGCCCCAGCGCCGAAUAGAUCAACCUCCUCCCGCCAUCACAAGGGGACGCACACCGCCCAACCUGCUCAACACGGCACCCUACCCCCGGCCCUCUAGCGGCAGCAUGAUGUCCUCCUCGUCACCGGAUUGGCCAGGCAGCGGGGCCAGGUUGCGCCAGCAGUCAUCCUCCUCCAAGGGUGACAGUCCUGAAACCAAGCAGCGAGCAUCGCACAAACAGGCCCCCUCCCCGGUCAACCCCAACGCUCUGGAUCGCACCGCAGCUUGGCUGCUCAACAUGAACGUGCAGUAUUUAGAACACGAGGGGAUUGACCUGGAUCCCAAACACAGGGACGACCUCAGAAACAAAGAGGAUCUCACUCAGGCCGAAAAGUACCAGCAGGAGAUCGCCAUUCUCCAGGAGAAGCUGCGGAUCUCGGUGCAGAAGCUGGAGGAGUAUGAGUCGCGACUGAAGGGCCAGGAUGAGCACACCCAGAAGAUGCUGAUGGAGUACCAGGCCCGGCUGGAAGAAUCCGAGGAACGGCUGCGCAGGCAGCAGGAGGACAAGGAGCUGCAGAUGAAAGGGAUCAUCAGCAGGCUGAUGUCCGUUGAGGAGGAGCUCAAGAAGGACCACUCGGACAUGCAGGCCGUCGUGGACUCCAAGCAGAAGAUCAUAGAAGCGCAGGAGAAGCGCAUCGCCUCCCUGGAUGCAGCCAACGCGCGACUCAUGAGCGCCCUCACUCAGCUCAAAGAGCGCUACACCAUGCAGACGCGCAACGGCAUCUCCCCCACGAACCCCACGAAGCUGCAGAUCACCGAGAACGGAGAGUUUCGCAACAGCAGCAACUGCUAGGCCGGAGGGAGGGCAGGGCUACGCGAGACAGCGCCCCCUGUGGGGCCGGGCAGGGAGUGGCGUGAGCGAGGAGGUCUUGGGUGGCAGACUGGAAGGAUCGACGGCAAAGGGGUGACGGGGCGCACCGGCGAAGUGGCAGGAAAGACGGGUCGGAUGAGGAGCGAACACGGUGUUGACUGAUGAUCGCCGCUCUUAGACCGUUCGUUAUUAAGAGUCUCAAUCUGUUCAGUUCACUGAUUAAAUACUGUCCCGUUCCUGGACUCCGGUGACAAAGCGAGAUUCUGGUUACUGUACCUAAGGGCAGAUGGACUGCAGAUAGACGGGGGGCCGGGGGGGAGGUGGGCUGUAUGGCACUGAGAAAACAAAUGAUGGCAAGUCUGUGUUGAGGCCUGAAUAGCUUUUUAAACCACUAUAUACUUAUAAUGUGUUGCCCAGGUUUACUUUGUUCCGGUUUCUUUUCCAUCUUGAGUACGUACAGGUGGAACAGAUGUACAGAUUUGCAAAAAAAAAAAAAAAAAAAAAUGUAAUUCUAAAAUUAGUCGGUUUUAUUUUUUAUGUGGUUGGGAGAUGCAGCAUUUCCGUUAUUGCUUUUUUCCAUGCAAGUUCUCAGCCGUGAUACUGGCAGCGCUUGCGGUCUUAGCGCAUAUCGUGGGCACCCAUGUAAACGGUGUGCACCGAUACUGGAGGUUAACCCCCAACACUAAGGCAGUGAUGGUUGCACUUUAGCUCUUUCAGGUUGCCUCAUAACAUUCGUUUGUAGAAUAAUGCAAUUUUUUCAAAAGCCCUUUGCCUACCAGACAGCAUGUAGUUUCACCGACAUCCAUCGCCGUGCUGCCUCCCUCGGUGCCGCUGCGUGGAAUCGCGCAGAUCGCCGAGGGCCGUGAUCAUCCGCACGCUUCUGUGUGCGUGCGUGCAAAGAGGUACUGGUAGGUCACAGGAAUGACUUCAUAGCAAAAUAAUAAGAGGGGUGUUCAGAGAGGGACUAAUGCAUUAUUCUGUAGGUACUCAGAGAAGCCUUAAGGUUGGAAUGCAGCAGGGUUGAGUUGUCCGUUCUCGGCAGAACAAUACAAUAUGUACCUAAAAACAAUAUUUACAAAAAUAAGUUGAAAGUAUACUCUCGUAUUAAAUAAAUAUACUGUGUAGUGCUAUAAAAAGAUGAAAUGCUAAGAACAUAAUGGUUUUUCUUUUUUUUUGAAUAAUUUUGGAAGAAAAGACAUCAGUUUUUUCUUUCAGUGUUUAGACAUGCAAAGCGAAGAAACUAUUUUUGGAUUAUAUUUUUCAGAGGGUUGACAUUUCACUGUAAUUAUUUAUACCUCAUAUAAUGGUAAUGCAAUGGCAGCAUUCAGAACAUUAGAUUUAUCCGUGUUGACUUCUCAAAUCGUCUUGUGGAGAAUGUACUUUGUACAUUGAGAUGGGUACGCUUAAGGGCAUUCAUACGUGCACUUUGCUUGCACCUUAACAAUUAUCAUCACACGAACAUUAAUUCAUUUAAAAGGCUUUUGUCAAAAGCGACCUGAAGGCCAUUCACAUACACUAAAUGUAGCGCAAUACAAUAAGAGAUCUAACAAGCUUGCAAAUACAGUAGGUACACUGGCUCCUCAAGUUAUGAAUGGUCAAGUUACAUGUUUUGAAAGGCACAAACCUUUAUCCGAUCUGGACUUU